AAUUCAUUUUUGGCUUCGUCCUCGUCAGAACGCUUUGGGAUGUCUUGAGAAACCUAUAUCUUGUCAUCUUUCCCCCCUUUUCUCUCAUCAAGUGCUCUCAUUAUCGUAUGGCAUACCUCUAAUACAUUUACUUUAUACUUCACAAGAGUAAACAUACGCAACUUACCUGGAUCAUGGAUCCUCAGAAGCAGCAAUAUUAUAAUAAAUAUCCCCCCGCUGGUGGACCUCCAGGCCAGCCUGGACAACCUCAACCGGGAUAUCAGCGGCCUCCACCCGGAGCUUCGUAUUACUCCCCCACCGGGUCGCCUGCUCCUGGGCAGCCCCCUUACCAGCAAUCGCCUUACUCUUCUUACAACGUACCUCAGGGCCCUCCUCAGACUAGUCAACAUCAAUACCAACCUCAGCAGUAUCCGUCAGGUCCGCCUCAGACUCCGGGACAAUACACUCUACCUCAACCUUACACACCUCAACAGCCACAGCAGGGACAAUACGGGCAACCGCCAGCUCCAUACACGCAAUGGGGCCCUAGUUCUCAGCAGGGCCCUCCUCCCAGUGCUUAUUCACAAGUCCCGACCCCUUAUCCUCCGCCGCCGCAACAAUACGGAGGUCCUCAGGUUGCUCCGCAAUGGUCACAGUCUCAAUACCCUGAGCCCGGUUAUGGUUACGGCGUACCACCGACCCCCGCGUCGCCUGGUUAUGACCUAGCUCAGAGAGCGUUCGUGGCCCCCGUCGAUACGUCGGCCGACGUUGAGACUCUCCGCAAGGCUAUGAAGGGCAUGGGGUGUGAUGAGACGGUUCUAAUACGCGUACUCACAUCAUCCAAGUACGAGAAUCCGUGGACGAUGGCUCAGCUUGUCGGUGAUUAUAACAAGCGCUUCAUCCGCGACUUAGCCAAGGAUAUAGAAAGCGAGACACGUGGGGGUGUAGAAACUGCACUCCUCGCCCUGAUCCGAGGACCACUAGAACAGGAUGUACGAGUCCUCAUUAAGGCUCUUGAUCGAGCCGGCACAGAUGAAGAUGCCCUUAUGGAUGUUCUUUUGUGUCGAUCGAAUGCGGACAUUCGCGCAAUCAGCGCCGAGUACAGGAGACUUAAGGGCAACGACCUCCUGGUAGAUAUCAAAGACGACGUAGAUGACACGUUAUUCCGGCUUUAUAGCAUGGUACUUUCCGCCACGCGUGCUGAAGACGCAGCGCCCGUAAUCAAUUCGGAUAUCGACCAUAAAGUGACAGAGCUGCAACGCGCGACCGAGGGCACGAUCGGCGCCAAUGCCGUCUCCGUGGCGCAAAUCUUCACGAAUUCUAACUCUGCGCAGCUAAACGCUAUGAGCAGGACGUACGAGAGGAUGUACCACCGCUCGCUCGAGGAAGUCAUUGAGAAGGAGUUCCGCGGAGACAUGGAGGACGCGCUCCUCUACAUGCUCGAGAAUGCUAUCGACCGAGCGCGCUUCGAUGCUAAGAGGUUGGAGCGGCCACUAUACAAGACUCCGCGCAAGGAUCGGCUAUUGAUCAACAGGGUUGUCAGUCUGUACUGGAAUCGUCCACGCCAGGACGCGGCCAAAUCUGCUUACCAGAUACACUCUUCGGCUAGGACAUCAUUGCGUGCUGCGUUUAGGAGUGUCCUGAGUGGAGAUUAUGAGGAUUUGAUGGUUGCGUUGAUUCGCGAGAGAAAGUAAAUGGAAGCUCUUAACUUUGGAGUAGGUACGCUUAAUGAAUCGAUAUGGAAUAGCUCGUCAUAAUAUUUUUUUCUUUACAGGGAGAACCUUUGCGUCUCGUGUGUACUAGGUUAGGUUAUUUUUCUGUCUUGAGAAAUAAAUGUUGUUGACUAUAUUCAUAUUCACACUGAAGUUGCCUAGGGUUGUAUAUAACCUAUACGACGUGAAAGGUAUACAAAACAGAAAAUAGUGCCGAGAUAAAUUACUACAUAUUAGUAAACUCCAUGUUUAAAGAAGGGAAGAAAGGUCUUAUGCAUAUGUGGAUUAUCUUCUAUGUGGGGAUAAGUGUAGAGUGACAUAGUAUAGGGAUCACUUAAUAAUUAAUUACAUCAAUUAUAAGUAA